CAGGUUCCCAUUCUGUUUUGAGAUCUUCAGCUUCACAGUUCUUUCAGUAAUGGAUCCGGAUUCAGUGAAAUCGACCUUAUCAAAUCUAGCCUUUGGAAAUGUAAUGGCAGCAGCUGCUCGUGACUAUCAAAAGGAAUCUGGAUUUCGGAUGCCUGUGGACUGAAUCGUUAUAUAAUGCUUUUGGAACUGGUUGCCACAUAUCUUUUGUUACAAGUUUGCCCUGUUGAGGAAGGUGAGGAACUGCUGGCUACACAAAAGGCUCAGGCAUCCCAAGGAACCAAUGAGGAAGUUGAUCUUGAUGACUUAUUGGAUGACCCUGAGCUGGAAAAGUUACACGCAGACAGAAUUGCUGCUCUCAAGAAAGAAGCUGAAAAGAGGGAGGUCUUGAAAAGGCAAGGCCAUGGUGAGUACAGAGAGAUAUCUGAGGGAGACUUUCUUGGGGAAGUUACUGGGAGUGAGAGAGCGAUCUGUCAUUUCUACCACCACGAGUUCUACCGUUGCAAGAUAAUGGAUAAGCAUUUGAAGGCCCUUGCACCACAACAUAUUAAUACAAAGUUCAUUAAAUUGGAUGCUGAAAAUGCUCCUUUCUUUGUGACGAAACUAGGGGUCAAGACUCUUCCUUGUGUAAUAUUGUUCAGGAAGGGAGUUGCCUUUGAUAGGAUAGUUGGAUUUCAAGACCUCGGAGGCAAAGAUGAUUUCCCUACUAGAGCAUUGGAGAGUCUUUUAAAAAGAAAAGGAAUAAUCGAUGAGAGGAAGAAGGAUAAUGACGAAGACGAUGAUGAUGAGUAUGGAAGAAAUAGGAGUGUCAGAUCAUCAGAUGUUCAGGAUUCUGAUUCUGAUUGAAAGUGGCAAACUUGUAGUUUCUCUAUAUUUUGUACACUAGGUACUCGUGGCUUUGUCCUCCUCUUAUUCAACACAGGUUUUUCCCAGAUUAAUAUUUGAACAGAUCCAUGUUCAUUUUUAUUGUAAGCUUGGUCUGGAGGUGUUCAUUUGUUCGACA